UUCUUAGGCUGCCUUCCCAUGCAACGUAACUUGCAUAACUUGCAUAUCUUGCGUCAACCAAUCAAAUCAUCUAAUAAAAGUCUAGGCGGAUUUGUAUAGAAUAGCUGAGACGAUUUGAUUGGAUGACACAGGUUAUGCUUACGGAAGUUACACCGCAUGGGAAACCAACUGAUCUGUAUUUGCAUCUGUCACGUGUAGUAAUUUUCAUUUAUUCUGCUUAAUUGUUCCAUUUGUAAUUGUUCCACUUUCUUGAUUUAUUAUAAUGAUAAAGCGUUAUCAACAAUUGAUUAAAAUAAUCAGCGAACAAUUAAAAAGAAGUGGAAUGUAUAACGCAAAGGGAAUUGCGGAAAAUGUCGCAGAAGAAGUGCAGAGUAAGUUUACCAAUGCACAGAAUAUCGCGACCAAACAAUAUAAUAUCGUUGCAAAAAAACUUAAUAACCAAGUUAUCAUGAUACAAGAUUUAAACAUUAAAGCAUUAGAGUCAAACAUACCAUUGUCAGGAAAAAUUGUUAAAUGGUGGCAACGGUACAACCAGUUGAUAGGAUUAGAUACGGUUGAGGCAGCAAGAAGACAAAUGAUUGCUCUUCAAAAUAAAUUGUUCGAGUGUCAGGAUAACAGGAGAACUUUGAAUAAAGAAUUAACAGAUAUCACUUAUAAAUUACAAGAUAUCUAUGCAGAAUUAGUUCAAACAAAGCGAGAUGAUCCUAAAUAUGUGCAAUUAACAAUAGUAGAACAUAAGUAUUUACAAGAACAAAAGAAAGUAAUUAACCAGCAAAUGUUAUCUGAAAAAGAAGAAAGAGAUAAUUUUACACAAUUAGCAACGGCUAUAAAAGAAUAUCAUGAUAGUCAAAAUUUACAUGCACAAAAAUAUAAGUAUUUAUCUUUCUUUGCUUCUGCUGUAUUAGCAAUUGCAUCAUUAAUUGGUUCAAUGAUGCUUAAUAACAAGAGAAUACUAGAUGUACGAAAUACUAUACAAACGGCACAAGAAAAAAACGAAUUGUUACUUCAAGCAAAUACGAAUGAAUUAUCUGAUAUUAAAAAAACAUUGCAUUCGCUCAACAUUACAUUUUCCCAACAAUUAGCAAAUAUCAAGAAGGAACAAGAAAAUAAGGAAAACAGCAAUAAAUCCAGUACAUCUAAUAUUGCGCCUAACAUUAUACCUAAUAUUUUUAUGACUUCUGCUAAAUAUUCAGCAAAUUUAUUGAUUUCGGGAUUGAAUUAUUUCAAAAGAGGAAUUUAUGCAAGUGGAUAAUAUAUUUUUUAUAAGUAACACAAAUAAUUUAUGUGUAUUAUUAAAAAUUUACAAUUACUCAAUGUGGUUCAAUUUGCAAAUCUUAUAUCUCUUUCUGAUAUAAUGAAACAAGAUAUUUAUGGAAAUUUUUGUAAUAGGUAACACAUAUUACAAUUUAUAUUAAAACUUGAGGUUACACACAUAUAUACUGUGUGUGUGUGUUUAUAUAAAUAUAAAUAUAUAUAUAUGUACUGAAGUGUACAUGUAUGAUAUAUAGCUAAUAUGCAAAUAUAUAUUGAGAACAAAAUACAAAGUUUUGUUUUGUAAGAUAAUAAAAGCCAUGUUUUGUAUAUGUCAAGCCAAAAACUUUAUAUCCUUUAUAACUGAGACAAAAUGUAAAGAUUUAUUUUUAGAUAUUGUAUGUGUUAUAAUAUUAUAUAAUCAUAACUGUCAAUUGUAAAUCUAUAUGUUAAAUCAUCUAUUACAUUGUAAUGUAAACUGUAAAUAUAUAUAUUAAUAAAUGA